UCAUGUGAUCCACCGGUUCCUCUACCCUAAACUAUCCCUGCUACAUACCUGUUGUAAAAAAGGUGUUUUAGUGCCCUUCCACAAUUGUACGCUGCUGUACGUUGGCAACAACAUCUCCGAACACGAGCCAUCAGCCAUAGCCAGCACCUUCCACUGCCCUCAAAACCACGUAAGUUCUCUAUUACACCCACAACGGAGCCAGAAACCACAACACCAUCAACAAGCUCAACGUACAUCUUCAAAGCCACGUACCCACCAUAACUGAACCCAACCACCACGCACUUCUCCACUCCCUGCUUCCCAAACCCCGCCGCCACACACUCCGCUCCAAACCAGGUCCCCUUUCGCAUUAGCAUUUAUCAAUUGUUGAUUUGAGCUAGCUCCUCACUUGCACCACGAGAGGGAUAGAAGAAUAUCCAACAGCCAUGACUUCUAACCGUCAUCUUCCCUCCGGAAUCCUCUUCUUUAAGAUUAUUCUCGAUGCAACUCUUCAACAUGGAAAACUUAAAAUUCCAAACAAGUUCACUAAAAAAUAUGGCGGUAAUCUGUCAAACCCAGUGUUUCUUAGGGCUCCAGAUGACAUUAAAUGGGAAGUAUAUUGGAAAAAACAUGAUGACGGUGGUAUUUGGCUUCAAAAGGGUUGGAAGGAAUUUGCAACCUAUUACUCCCUAAGCCAUGGACAUUUGGUGUUGUUUAAAUACCAAGAAACAUGUCAUUUGGAGGUACGCAUAUUAGAUGAGAGUGCCCUUGAAAUUGAUUACCCAUUAAAUGGUACUCAGAAUGAAAAUGAUAGCGUUGAGCACAUUAGCAACAACCAGCCUGUUGAAGAUUUGGACGAGGUGACUCUAAGUCCUCAACCUCGUAAAAAAUUGAGGACACGCUCAAGUGGAGUUGUUGGACAAAGCUCCAAUUUGCCGGAGCAUGUUGAAACUAAAGUUGAACAUUCUCAAGAGGAUAGGGGUGGUGCCACUAAAAGCGUAAAAGUAGAGCAGGUGACUUCUAAAGUUGUUGAAACCUCUAGAUCUAAAGCUCCCUCUUUUUUUAUUGUCUUGAAGGCUUCCUAUGUGAACGGACAUUCCGUGGUCAUUCCAUCGAAAUUUGUAAAAAAGUAUUUAAAAGAAAAGCGAAGUGAUGAUAUCCUGCUUCGGGUCUUGGAUGGGAGAACUUGGACUGUUAAUUUUAGGAAUGGCAGAUUUUGCGCUGGAUGGAAUAAGUUUGCCUCGGAUAAUCAUUUGAAGGAGGGGGAUGUUUGUGCUUUUGGGCUCACCAAGAGUCAAGGCCACUGCUUUGAAGUAACAAUCAUUCGGAUUUCAGAAGAAACACAUUUAUCAGGAAAUGGAGACUCUGGGAGGAUCCCAGAUUUGAAAUGUGUAACUGACAUCCCUAUCAAAGCUAUGCAAGAAGCUAGGAAGUUCUCCUCAGAAAACCCGUUUUUCAUAGUCAAUAUAAGAGCAAAUGAUGAAAAGGAUUUCAGACCGCGUGUACCAGUUUCCUUCAUGAAAAAAUACGUGAAGAACAAGCAGGUUGUGACCUUACAAUUUGGAAACAAAUUAUGGCCAGUACACUUGAUCGGUACGGUUCGGACAAAGUUGUCUAAGGGUUGGAGCCAAUUUGUGAAUGCAAGCAAGGUCGGAGCUGGAGAUAUUUGCGUCUUUGAGUUAAUCAACAAAGUAGAUACAGUGCUUCAUGUCCACAUUUAUAGAGACCACUCUUAGCAAUCAUUUUUGAGCUCUUGAUUCUACAUUUCAGUCUCUAAUGACAUUUCAUUAUUAUUGUAGUUAUUAAUCUUUCAACAUGUAAACCGAACGAGAACACUCAUGUUUUCACUUUGCAAUACUAUCAUUAGGUACGAGGACAUCGUA